GAGAUGCGUUCUUGGUAACCAUCAUAAGCGCAACAGCGGCCACACUAGAUUGUGUUUCUCUUUUUUUCGACGUGUUUUGUUUUUUGCGCGAUUAAUUAAUGGCAAACCAAGAUGCGAGCAGGGAAAAGUGCGAAAAAUUAAAUAACGACAAAUAACGAAAACAUCAGCGGUCGAGCAAGUGUGCGUGCGUGUGCGUACGUGUGUGUGUGGCCUGUGUCUGUGUGGGCGUUUAUAAAUAAAACGCUGCGAAGCUGUGUGCGAAAAGCAGACGCGGAUAAAGAAGUAAUAGAAUGAGCACAACCAAAAACAAGAGCGAAGGAAAGAAAGAAAGUGUUUUUUAAAAUCUUUUCAAAAGUUUAAAAGUUUACGAAAAGAAACCGAAAGGCGAAAGUGCAACAGAGCGAAAGAGAGAGCGAUAAAUAGCGAGCUAUCCUAUCCUAUCCGAAACCGAUCUGAUUUAUCAACCUGUUAAGCGAAGUGGAGCCAAAAACCGAGUGCUUAAAUGGAUGCAACAUCAAUAAUCACGCAAGUUUCCCGCGACGACGAGCAACUGAACGUCUAUCCCAGCUAUCCCAAUGACAAAGACGAUGUGGACCGCCUAAAGCCACAGAAGCGAGGAUUAUUUCAAUCUCUGCUUUGCUGCUGGCGACGAAAUCGAACGAAAACCAACCAGAAUGGGACACAAAUCGAUGGUUCAACAACACCGCCACCAUUACCGGACCAACAAAGGUACCUACUACCUCAGGUUAGGCUUACCGAUAUGCACAGAAAGUGCAUGGUUAUCGAUUUGGAUGAGACCCUAGUGCAUAGUAGUUUUAAGCCCAUACCGAAUGCUGAUUUCAUAGUUCCAGUGGAGAUCGAUGGAACCGUACAUCAGGUGUACGUUCUGAAGCGACCGCAUGUGGAUGAGUUUCUGCAGAAGAUGGGUGAACUGUACGAGUGCGUUUUGUUUACAGCCUCACUAGCCAAAUAUGCAGAUCCAGUUGCCGAUCUGUUAGACAAAUGGAAUGUGUUUCGUGCAAGACUGUUUAGGGAAUCAUGCGUUUAUUACAGGGGUAAUUACAUUAAGGAUCUGAAUCGUCUGGGGCGGGAUCUUCAGAAGAUUGUCAUCGUAGACAACUCACCGGCCAGUUAUAUCUUUCACCCAGACAAUGCAGUUCCUGUAAAAUCCUGGUUCGAUGAUGUCACCGACUGCGAACUGCGCGAACUGAUCCCGCUCUUUGAGAAGCUUAGCAAAGUUGAUUCCGUCUAUUCGGUGCUCUGCAAUUCGAACCAGCCGCUGAACAAUCAGACCAAUCAGCAGCAUCCCCAGGAGCUGCAACAGGCGCCGAACCAGCUGCAUCAGCAGCAACAGCAGCAGCAGCAGCAACAGACCAUCUCUGCCACGACAGUUAUUACCCAGGCAACGACUCUGUCUGCACCGACCAUGUUGAACCAGCAGCAGACAAGUCCGCCCAGCCCACAAAGCGAGCUGCUGCAAAAGACGUAACAUCAGUGGGAACUAAUGUUUAUAAAUAUAUGAUAAAUUGUAUACAUAUUACAAGACCAAGCAAGCCGAUAUAAGCAAGCAAACAAACACCCUUUCCCCCAAGCUCUUCAACUCAUUUAAGCCCAGGAUGAAAUGGCAAGGGUUAAAUGAGUUGAAACCAACUACCAAUUACCAAUUACCAAUUACCAACUACCAUUUGCUAUAUACUAUAACCCCGCUCGACACGUAGGCUUAAGAUAAGUUUUAUAUGGUAUACAUUAAUUUUUACAGAACCCUAUUUACACGGCACAUUUGUUAUUUAUUCUUGUUUUGCUCUACCAAUUAUAAAUAUUAUUAUUUUUUUUGUGUUUUUUUAUAUAAACAACUUCUAACUGCUUAUUGCGUUUGGCGGCGGUAACCCGUCUAAGUGGUAUAAUAAGCCCCAACAUAAGCCUCUAUUUUUACCCAAUUAAUCAUAACUCUGUAAGCAUAUUUAAAAUGGUAAACCAACUGAGCAAGCAAAAGAUUUAAAUGCAUAAAACAAAAAAUGAUAACUAUACAUAUGAGCAGAGAGAUAAAAUCAAAUUCAAAAUAUAGCUAUAUUUAUAUAUAUUUUUUAUUAAAAAAAGAAAACAAAACAAAAAAUAAUAAGCGUAAAAUGAGGAAAGGAGAGAAAACCCAAUGGGGAAAACUUAAAAACAAAAAUUAUAUAUAUAUAAUAUAUGUGUACUAAAAGAAAUUUAUAUAUAUACAUACAUGGAUAUAUAUUUAAGGCAUGUGUCUACACAUGUUUAUAGCACUAAGGCAUGUAUAAUAUUUCGUAUAUUUAUUAAAGAAAUAAGUUUUAGACGCGGUCACCCACUCACGCUUGAUCGUUGGCACUGGCACUGGCACUGGCAAAUGUCAAAGUUGGUAGUAUAUCGGGUUUAUCGCUUAGAUGGUGGCUUUGCCUAUCGUAUCGUAUCUAUCACAUUCUGGUUUCCUGAAAUAUGUCUGACAAUCGUGAGUGUUUGGGCCGCGUUUAAACGAUUUUAAGUUGCAUUGCAAGAGGGUGAAAAAAUGGGCUAUAUCUGUAAGCCAAUUUGUAAAGCAUCUAAAAGUCUGCGGCGCGUCCGUAGUUAAUAUAUAAACCGAACCGCUGGGCCUGCGCUUGUGUCUGUAUGAUCCAAAGACGUGAAUUUCCAUUCGAUCCUUAACUAAACUCACAUUCAAUCCGAUCUGGUAUUAAGAUUUAACCACUGUCCUAGCGCAAAUUGAAAUUCCCGCCUUUGGACAAGCUUGGACAAGCGUAGUUGGGAAAACAUUGUACUAGGCUUAAUGAAAAUUAUACAUCUAUAUAUUUUAACCAAUUUAUGUUAAUUUCCCCUCUUAUCAAGUGCGCUUAUGAAACGCAUUGCAAUAUAUAUUUAUAUAUAUAUAUUUAUGCCUACUUUAACCCUCCUUCGACUUGAACUUUCACCUUCGGCCGCGUUCUGUAUUCUGUGUUAGCAUGUGAAAAUGGAAAAAUGGAAAAUGAUAUUGUAAACAAUGAAACAAAUACACCUUUAGCUUCUUUCAACUCCGACCAAAUAUCAAUCAUUAUAUAGUAUAUAUAUAUAUAUAUAUAUAUUGAGCUCAAGCUGGCCACGCCGAAAUCCCACCUGAUAAAUAUAUAUUAUAUAGACAAAAGACGCUAUUGCUAUCCGAACCACACGACGAAAGAUACACAAACACACGCUCACAGACCAGUCCAUUUCUACUUUCAAUCUUUUAAUCUAUAUGUAACAUCUAUGUCUUGUAUUUUCUCAACUAACUUUUUGCAACAAUUCUUUUAUUUAGUGCAUAAGCCUUUUGUGUUUUUAUUUUUGCUUAAACUAAAAAAAAAAAUAAUAAUAAUAAUAAUAUUGAAAGGUAACAAAAAUUGGCACGUUGCAAACGCGCAAUAUUCUCAUAUUUUUUGCAAUCGAGCAAGUAAAUUAUACAUAAAGCUAAAAUAAUAUAUGUAUUGUAUAUCAUUUACACCCGCUGCAAAAGUCUAAAAGCAAAAGCUAAACAAAAAAGGGAUUGCAACUAAUCACGAAAUUUAAUUGUAAAAUGCAAAAUGUGUUUUAAUUGCGUAUAUUAUUAAAUGUUUUACUUUUAAUAAAAGCAAAACACAAACCAAUCGAUAAAACCAUUCAACUUAAUUUAUCAUAUAAAGGGAAGAAAUUCUAUUUUUAAAGUGAGCCUAUAAAUGUAAUGCAUCAAUGUCGACAAAACAAAACAAAAAAUGAAUUAAAAACAAAAAUGAAAUUUAAAAUCUACAAAUAUUAUGUCAUCAAACAAUAAAAACAAAUUAAAACCCAA